UCUCCGGAUGGCCAACGCCGGGCCUGGUGUCUUUGCCUUGCAGUUCAGCCCGAGGUCGUGCAGGUGGAGGCCCGCUCGGAAGAGGGCCGGCAGCCAGGCCUCCUCCUCGUGCUCUUCGUCUUGGUGCAGGCCAGCCCCCCGGCCAACAUCACCUGGGUGGACCAGGAGGGCCGCCUGAUGGUCAACACCUCCCACUUCCUCAUCGUGGACGCCAAGACCUACCCCUGGCUGGCCAACCACACCCUGGAAGUGCAGCUGCGCGGCUGGGCCCACAACUCCUCCUCCUCCCUGGGGGCCUCCGGCAAGGCCCCUGUCCUCAAUGCCUCCUCCGUGCUGCUGCCUGGCUUCCUGGGUGCCCGCAUCGACCUUCCCCUCCUGCCCCUGCUCAUCGGUGCCACGGGGGCCCUGGGGCUCCUCCUGGGCCUGGCUGCUCUCAUCAGCUACGUGGGAUACCAGAAAGGAAAGAAGGCAGCAGGACUCUCCCUGCCAGCCCAGUUGCCUCCCAGGCAGGACUCCAGCCCCCUGAAGCCGCAGGGCCCACGGCUGCCACGGGCAAACAGGUCUCUCCCUUCCAACCUCCAGCUGAAUGACUUCACACCGGAACCGCCAGCCAAGGUCGCAGCCCAAGGAGUGGAGGACGAGGAGGGGGCCCUUUCAGAGCCAGAGGACAGCCUGGCCUCGGCAAACAGAGGUCUCAGCCACUUCCCCAUGGUCGGGUACAUCUACAGAGCCUCAAGCGGCAGCAGCGAAGAGAUCUGGCUGUGAGGAGAGGGCUGCCAGCACAGACCGGGCAGAGGAGCCGCGCUGGCACUUUGAGGGCACUUCAUCUGCCUGGCAUCAAAGAGGAAAACCAGACAUGCCAGCUCCCAAGGCUGGUCCCCCCCAAAAGUUGUCUCCGCUAAACAGUACCCCCCCACACACACACACACACACCAGCUGCAGUGCAUUUCUGGGCCAAGGAACCAGCAAGACUCGUUUUUGUCCCUCAGGCGGCUGCUUUUCUUUGGUGCAGGGGUCACCCUUUCCCACACGGCUGCUCAACCUGCAUGUGUUUGUGGCUGUGAGAGUGGCGGAGUGACUGCACGGCCACGCGCACACGGGCCUCUGUUGUGGCCCCCACCUUAGGGAAGGGCCUGCCUGAGGAGGACAGGAAGGCUCCUAUGCAAAACAGAAUUCUUCCAGAGGACCUUUUUGCACAGGUCAGUGGGCUGCACUGUACAACAUGGUUCACAACCUUACUUGAAUGAGUGAUGAGGGACUGUGGCCCAUGCUGCUGUGUAGAGCUGACUGUAAGUGGGGUCCUGUUAUGUAAUUUUUGCACGGCUUAAUUUGUCACUUGAAUCUCUAUGCUGUGCUUCAGUCCUGUCUUUUCAGAUUUCUGGCUGGUUCUGCAUUGUUCAUGUCCCACUUGGUUGGUUGUACUGAUUCACUCCCAUUCGCAUGUGAGAAAGGCGGACUACAAAUGAGAAAUAAUUUUUUUUAAAGGCAUGAAAUGUGACUUUGUAGGUUCCGCACUCUACAAAUAAAUUCUGU